UCAGGGGGUAUUUCACCAUGGUAACGCUGCCGGUCUGAAGCGAUAAUAAUUCCUGCUGGUCAAUAAUCGAUAUCAAGCUGCCCACCUUUAUGGUCCACGUGACUCCAGGCAAAGGUGAAAUCCUACAGGGACCUCAGGUGUAUACAUAUGACGUCACUCUUUGUUGUCGUUUUGGUCUCUAACCUCUGACCCUGAGCGCGUGAUCGCUGAUUAAUAACGGAAAGGCUUCCGCCAGUCAGCUGAAACCUUUUGCUGCGCGUGCCAUUGAUCAGCUGGUUAGUCACGUGUGGAUCGAUUAUCAAUCACCCACCUUCCAUCUGAUCGAUCAGCUCCGACCAGCUCCACCCGCUCAGCUUAUUCUUCGGCGGUUUUUCUUCCAGUCGUCUUCUUUGACCGCGGGUGUCUGGUUUCCGGUCUCGGCACUCCUCAGGUAAACUCACCUGUGCGCGAGAAGCAAUGUUCUGACUUUAAACUGAUUUUCUGCUCUUACACGUGACUGACGAUGCAGCCUUUUCAAUUCUCUGACAUGCGCAAUAACGUCUGAAACUUACUGGCCGUGACGUCAGCACUGGGACCGGAUGUUGUAAGUAAGUGUCAGUGCGCCUGCGCUAACACUGGGACUGCCGUACUUUUACUGACUCUCUUUUUCUGUGGAGAUCUUUUAAAAUCUGGCGAUAAUCAAUAAUAUCACGCAGGCGCAGGCAGAGUGAGAAGAGCUGUCGGAGCUGACCAUAGACACGAUCAAGGAUCGAUAUCAGCUAAUCAAAAAGGCGGUGUUGCGGCUUUGAUGACGUCAGGGCCGCUGCUCAGGUAGCUCCGUGAUCGAUUAUCGGAGGUGAGAGAUGGCGCUGCAGCUUCCGGCCGAAUUGUGGCUGAAAGUGUUCAGCUUUCUCUCCUGGAGGGACAAACUGAGCAUGCGCUGCACCUGCUCAUACUUCAGACACCUGCUGGAUAAGUCCCGCCCCCUGUGGAGGGGCUUCAGCGUGGUGCUGCAGAACCUCUCGCGCUACAAUCGCUCGUUCUGGCGCAGCCUGGCUCAGAGGCACGUGGGCAAAGUGCUGCUGCGCUCAGGUAAGAGGAAGCACCUGAAGCAGCUGCACGCCUGGCUACCGGUGCUCUGCGGCCUGCGACUGGACGACUGGAGAGAGGGGGGCGUGGAUGAUCUCAGACUGUUCCGCCAGCUUCAGCGACUGUCCGUCACUUCCUGUUCCAUACCUCUGAGGAACCUGGACUUCCUGUUUCCUCUGAGUCAGCAGCUGACGCAGCUCAGCCUCUGUAACGUGCAGCUCACCUGUUCUGCCUCUCACCUGUUGGCCACCGUUGGUCAGUUGACGUGUCUGACCUCGCUACUGCUGCACCACGACGGCAGCCUAAGGGUCCCGUCCCUCAGCGGUGUCCUCGCUCACCUGAGCGAGCUCACACACCUGUCCUGGACCAUGAUCACCUACAGGACGCUUCCACACGACUUCUUCAGCCCCGCCCACCACACAGGUGACGCCGCAUUGCAGCUGCUGGACUUGCAGCUGCUGAAUUAUGACGCCGUGGUGACACAGGAAACGCUGCAGCCUUUGUCCCGCCUCCGUAGCCUGUCAGUGUUCCACCUGUACUCCGUACCUGGACCCACCUGUCACCUGCAGACGUGGCUGACGUCACUGCCACACCUAACCAACCUCAGCAUCCACGGUGAGUGUCUGUUUCCCCCCUUCGUAUUUGUCUAUCUGAGCAUCUCUCUUAUGUCUGCAUGUUCAAUAGGAGGCCACCCCCUGGCAUCGUACGCUGACUUCCUGCCCACCUCGCUGCUCAGCCUGACGCUGUGUGUGGACCUGCAGCCCAACGACCUGCGGGUGGUCUCCGCCCGGGCACCGCAGCUUGAGCAUCUUCACCUGGAGCCCUGGAGCUCGUCGUCCGACCUCAUCAGACUCCUCCCACAGCUGUUCCCUCAUCUGAAAACGCUGCGGAUAAGGCACCAGCACGUGUCCGAUGAUGACUUCCUGCAGCUGCAGCGACUGCGGCGCCUCGACACUCUGGAGGUUCUGGACUCGUACUACAGACCUGACCCGAGCGACCCAAGCCGGGUCAUCUUUGAGCCGAGUCCUCGUUUGCUGCGGCUGACCUCUGACCUGCAGAGACUGACCAAUCACAGAGUCAGAGUCAUCACCAGCUCACAUGGAGACCUGCUCAGCUGCCACUGUGUCUGACCAGUCAGUGAGAGUCUGCCCACCGCGAUCAAGAUGUAAAACAAAACGUGGGCCAUCGCAUCACCUUCAGCUUACUAUCCAAUUGGCUUUCAGGAUCAGCCACCUGGGCCCAACAGAACCAUUCAUUUAUUCUUCCACCUGCGGCUUCCUCACAGAUACGAUACGAAAGAAAGGACGAGAUCAUCGACAUCAUCAUCACAGGGGGAGGGGACACGGCAGGUUCAAAGCUUCUGUGUAGUCAUGGUUACACUCAAUGAUAUGGUGAGGGUCCGGCCGCAGCUGCCGUUAUCACUGCUGCAUUCUGGGUAACACUUUGAUAAUCAAUCACUUUAUUGGACCUUUGAUUUCAGACACUGAAUGUGUUUCGGGACUUUGAAUCGGUUGAUAAAUAAAAAGUUGUUUGUUUUUUAUUUGAUUUAUUUCACGGUUUGAACUUUAACCUUUUUCUGAGGUCACAUGUCAUAUUUGAAUCUUUUGAAUAAUGACACGUGUUUUCUGUAAAUGUCAAAAUAAAACUUCU